GUUGUGUUGUGCUGUUGUGCUAUUUGUUCUGCUAGGCUGUCCUGUCACAGUCAUAUGAUUAUAGUAUAUUAGUAAAUUGGUUUUGGUUAGGAUGAUGGAGUAUACUUCCUAGUUAUUAUGACCUGGUAGAAAUCACUUAGUGUAAUACACCAUAAUUUCCCAUAACAAUAAUUGUUUCGCUAUUUUCUAGCCAAAAUAUUAGUGAAGACCGUUAUUUUGCAUUAAUAAGUUGAUCAUUCACGUCUUAUUUUGAAAACAAAAAUCAGGCCAAUCAGUACUUCGGCAAUGGAGUUUGAAGGAAAAUAUAAUACUAAAAGUCCAGCUGUAAAGCGUCUCAUGCGAGAAGCCUGUGAGCUGAAAGAUGCUACUGAGGAAUACUGCGCCCAUCCUGUGGAGGACAAUCUGUUCGAGUGGCACUUCACAGUCCAGGGACCUCCGAGCACAGAGUUCGAGGGUGGACUCUACCAUGGCAGAAUACUGCUUCCCACGGAAUACCCGAUGAAGCCUCCCAACAUCAUUUUGUUGACGCCAAAUGGUCGGUUUGAAACUCACAAGAAGAUAUGCUUGAGUAUAUCCGGCCAUCAUCCUGAGACCUGGCAACCAUCGUGGUCAAUCCGCACAGCUCUUUUGGCUUUGAUAGCAUUCAUGCCAACACCAAGCAGCGGAACCAUUGGUGCCAUUGAUUAUCCACCCGAAGAACGUCAACUGUUGGCAAAAAGGUCUCAAUCAUGGGAAUGUCCCAUAUGUGGGAGACUGUCUAAUAUAUUGAGUAAAAGUUCUUCGGGAAAACCAGUUUCUCAGGAUGAAUCCAACUUUAUUCAGAACGUAGUUUUUAAGGCAGAGGAACAGACCAGUGAAGGGAGCAGUGAAGUGGAUGGUGAACCUCAAAACCUAGAAAAUGGGAGAAACACAAUAGGGAAAUGAGACAGAUAUGGCCCAAGAAAACCAACCAUCUGGCUCCUCUGUCUUUGACUCCUUAAGCAACAUUUUAAUUGGGCUGAUUAUGGCAGUAAUAGGGUUCAUAGUGUACAGAAGGAUCUUCCUCUUAUAAUACCAUUUCUUGUACCUACAGUUAAUUAUUACUAUUACGUCUUUCAGUGAAUUCUGCUAAGAGACAGACGUUUCAUGUUAAUGAGUAUUUGUUAAUAAGAUAAUAUUGUUUACCAGAUAAAAAUUAAAUAAUGUACAAUCGACUUUAUUGAUGGCCAUAUCAUUAAUGCAUUUUGAAAUUUAGUUUGUUAGUUUCAGAAUAUAAUGUUGAGUAAUAUUUUUAGAAGCCUAUGUAACCUGCUAUUUUUCUAGUUUGUUCUCGUAUAAGAAAAGCCAAAUAUUCUGAAGGUAUUAAACACUUAUAGAAUGAUCUAUAUUCUAGAUUUUAAUUUUUUUCAUUAACUUUACUUUUUUAAUAUGUAGAUUGAGUAAUUGGAAAACUGAAUUGUGAAAAUAGUAUAAUGGCCAGUACUAUUAUACUAUAUUCCUAGUUAAUUUCAUUCCAUUAUACUGCAUAUUUGUAGUAUAUGACCCUUUAGGUUCUUUGAGUGUUUGCAUUUUUAUCUACAUUACCCAUACAUAUGGGCUACAAAUGAUCAUUGUUUGUUUUAAUUUAGAAAAGUUAUAUGGAUUAAAGAUAAAAUAUUUUAAUACAGUAGUUGUUAUGGUUUUCAAAAUAUUUAUGUACUCAUUUGAUUAACAUGGCAUGGUUAAUGAACCAUGGUGCUUUUCAGAUCUGUGGCUUAUUUUGAUCAGCAAGUUUUCAAAGUUACUCUUGAGUUUUUAUUAAUUAGUAAUUCUGAUUGUAAACAAUAUUUUUACCCUUUUUACCAUUUACAGAAUAGAAAUGCCUAUUAUGUAAAUAUCCAAAUUGACAAAGUAAAACUUAACUAAAGAAUUUAUAACAUUUACAGUCACAGAUUUUUUAAAUGGGAUUGUGCCAAUAGAUAUAUGCCAUUCAUGAACUUUAAAACCCCAAUCUACUGGAUAAAGUAAAGAUAAACAAGACAAUGCUACAGCACUUGAAGAGUUAUUUAUUUUUAUUUUCCCUUCAACCUUUCUUGCUGAAUUUUGCUACAGUUAUCAAUACCUUGUACAAACAAUUAUCUAUACCUUGUAAUACCAAAGUAGAAUUUGUUAGUUAUUAUUAAGUUAUA